AUGGAGUCCGCGAUUCUAUGGCGGGUGCAAACCAUCCUCGAAACUCUUGCGCCCGGCGAGCUCGACGCAUGGCUUCAUGGAGUUGGCCUCGCUGGUGGCAUCGGGGAACUCAAGUCUGAGGUGGAGAGGAUGGAGACGGUGGUUAACGGUGUCAACGGGAGGGCGGUCGGGAACAAGCCGCUUGCCCGCUCGCUCGCUCGUGUGAAGGAGCUCAUGUACGAGGCCGACGACGUGGUUGAUGAACUCGACUAUUGCAGGCUCCAGCAUAAAGAUAUGAUUGCUCCUUCUGUUGAGCUAGAAGGCAUGGUUGGUGGUGGAGCAGAGCAAGUAGAUGCAUCGGUCAAUACUGUUGCUAUGCUUGCUCCUGCUACUGAGCCGGAAGGCAUGGUUGGAGAUGGAGACAGAAAUAGAGCAGAGCAAGCAGAUCCAUCGGCCAACAGUACUGGUACACUGAGCAAUCGCCGCCGCAAAAACCGAUCCGAGGUGUGGGACCAUUUUCAGAUUAUACCCUCUGUUAACGGAGAGCCUGCAAAAGCGAAGUGCAAUUACUGCGGCAGAGAGCUUACAUGGGGUCACGGGACAUCAGCUAUGCUCAAGCAUCACAAAAGUUGCAACAAAAAACGUUCAGCAAUUGAAGAGACGCCGAACCGUCCAAGUGUCGGCAACAGUGUACAAAAUGGUGCCACAAUUUCGACCAAUGAUUCGGACGGGAGAAAAAGAAAGAGAAUUGAGUACAAUGUAGCUACAACCACACACCUCUGGGACAAGGCCGAAUUUUUUAGAAGGAUCCAGGAAAUAGUUCUUGAGUUAAGAAGCAUCCGACACCAUGUGAUUGAGUAUCUCAAGGACUCUAUUGCAAGGCCUGAUCAGUAUCAGAUUAACAACUCAGAUACACGAGCAAGAACAUCAAGCUCUCUUCCUGGAAAGGUAUAUGGAAGGGAUGUGGAGAAAGCCAAAAUCAUAUGGGCGAUCAAAGCUGCUAAGUCGGACAACAUUACUGUGCUACCUAUUGUAGGCAUUCUAGGAGUUGGGAAGACAGCUUUAGCUAAGCUUGUAUACAAGGAUUCACGUGUUGAAACAAAAUUUGAGCGGAUAUGGGUUUGGGUGUCCAACAUCUUUGAUGAAGUAAGAGUGACAUGGGAGAUCUUAAUGUUGUUACUAUGGCCAGCCAUGAAGGAUCUUGCAACAGAGAAAGCUAUGAAAGAGAAUUUGUCCAUUGCAAAAAGGCUAGGUACAAUAGAACCAGUUAAGUUAAGAGCUCUAGAAAAUGAUGAUUUUUGGCUAUUGUUUAAAGCAUGUGCAUUUGGUGAUAACCAAUGCAAAGAACAUCUAGAUAUCGGCCGUCAAAUAGCUACAAAGUUAAAUGGCAACCCAUUAGCAGCAGAAAAUGCAGCGGACAUGUUAAGAGAGCAGUCUGGUCUUCACCAUUGGAAAAGCAUCAUGAAGAAUGGUAUUUGGGAAUCUCUGCAACUCCGUGCAGGCAUCGUGACUGCUUUGAAGAAUAUCUAUUAUCAGUUGCCAUACAAUUUACAACAGUGUUUCUUGGCAUGUUCUAUAUUCCCUAGUGACCAUCAAUUUCAUAUUGAUGGUUUGGUCUCCAUGUGGAUAUCAUCGGGAUUUGUGAAAUCUAUUGAGACAGGAUGGGAUUAUCUCAAUGCUUUGGUCAACUCAUGUUUCUUUGAGCAGGUUGGAACAAAAGAUGACUCCAUUCUACAACAAUGCUAUGUUAUGUGUGGUAUGAUGCAUGAAUUUGCAAGACUGGUUUCAAGGACCGAGUUUGCAACUAUAGAUGGUUUAGAGUGCAAAGAAGUGCUACCAACCGUGCGCCAUUUGUCAAUUCAAACUGAUUUGGUGUACCAUAUAGAUGAAUGUGAGAACAUAGAUGGUAACGUGAAGUUUGAAGAAAAAUUGCAAAGUAUAGCUUCUUCAUUAAGGAGAUUGAGGAUGGUGAUCUUAGUUGGGCGCUAUUAUUCUUUAUUCGUCCUGUUCAAGUCCUUCCAUACCUUUAUCUUCAAUUUGGUAAAUUGUACCCAUCUUCGCUACCUAAAACUUGAUAUCAAAGGCACAAGUGAAUAUUUGCUUAUAUCUCUAAGCAAGUUUUACAACCUUGAAAUAUUAGAUGCUGGGUGCCAAACAAUUGUUCAUGAUAUGAGUGAUCUCGUCAGCAUGAGGCAUCUUGUUCUGACAAAAGGAGCAUGCGGCGCUUUCUCCCCAGCUAGGUCUGCUAGUUUGCAGAUGAUCCAUCUAGAGGAUUGUAAAGGAUGGCAAAUAAUCCCAUCUCUAGAAAGUCUAUCAUCUCUUACAAAGUUGAAGUUAAGGAAUAUGACAGAAGUAACAGAGUUGCUAAUUCCUUCGUUAGAGGAGCUGGUAUUGAUUGAUAUGCCAAAGUUGGAAACAUGUUUCUCCAAUUCAGUGAGGGACUUGAACUCAAGUUUGAGGGUACUGGAGAUCAGGAGAUGCUGGGUACUGAAGGCCUUUAUCCUCUUUGAGAGCUGUGAAAAUUUUGAAAUCGAGCACAUGUCAUGGUUGCCCAGUGUUAGCGAGUUGACCAUCCAUGAGUGUCCUCAUUUAAUGGUAUCAAAUCCUCUACCACCAUCAAGUAGUGUUUUUAAAUUAUCCAUCACAAAAGUUUCCGCACUUCCAAAGAUGGAGGGAUCAUCAAACGGGGAAUACAGAAUUGAAUCUUAUGAUGAUCCAUCUACCAUUGAUUUCCUUGAUGACAAAAUUUUGUCAUUCCACAACCUGAGGACCAUAACUCGAUUGCAAAUAGUGGGCUGCAAUAAUCUGGUGUCUAUUUCACUAGAAGGUUUGAAGCAACUCGUCUGCUUGAAGAGGUUGGAAAUAUGGUCAUGCCAAACAAUUUUCUCUUCAGAUGUGUCGUCAACACAUACCCAUGAAUACAUGACAAGCACAAAUUUUGAUGCCAGUCCAUCUCUCGAGUGUCUCAGCAUUAGACAUUGUGGAAUAAUUGGCCAGUGGUUAUCUAUGGUAUUGCAACAUGUGCGAGCCCUAGAGACAUUGGAUCUAGUGAGGUGUGAGCAGAUAACAGGACUAUUGAUACAAGGUAAAGAGAAUACUUUAUCAAAUCUCACCUCGGCUCCAUGUGUUUCAUCACAGGGAAAUCCAGAUGGCGCAUCGACAAGGCCAUGUCCUAACAAACUCCUGCGGAUUCCAUCUAACCUCAUACCCUCUCUCAAGAAGAUGUCCAUUGCAUGUUGCAAGCUAAAGUUUCUGGGGAACAAGGAAUGCUUCUCUGGAUUCACCUCCCUUGAGGAGCCAAGAAUUGUUGAUUGCCCGGAGCUGAUAUCGUCCUUGGUGCGUGAAGACGAAAUCGAUGACCAGGCAAACGGAAGAUGGCUUCUCCCGUGUUCACUUGUCAUACUGGAUAUCCAUGACGCUUCCCUAGAAACGCUGCGGCCCUGCUUUCUGGGAGAUCUGACCUGCCUCAAAGUACUACUAGUGUCGGGAAAUGAUGCAUUGAAAUCUCUACAGCUGCAUUCCUGCACAGCACUGGAAGAGCUGACGAUUCGAUAUUGCAAAUCGCUAGACGCACUAGAGGGUGUCCGGUCCCUCCGCAGUCUCAGGCAUUUGGAAGUAUACAGAUGCCCUGGCUUACCUCAAUGUUUGAAGAGUCUAUCAACGCAGGGCCCUGGCUUACCUCAAUGUUUGAAGAGUCUAUCAACGCAGGGUUAUGAACUGUUCCCUCGAUUGGAAAGGCUUCGGAUCGACGACCUGUCUUUUCUUACCACGCCAUUCUGCGAGCACCUCACCUCUCUCCAAUGCCUAGAACUCGAGGAUGAAUAUGAAGAUACCGACGCGGCAGGACUAACAUGCGAGCAAGAGGCAGCACUUCAGCUCCUCACGUCCCUGCAAGAGCUCGAAUUUUGCGAACUCUCGGAUCUUCCUGUGGGUCUGCAUAGCCUUCUCUCUCUCAAGCGGUUGGAGAUCAGUGAUUGCCCGAGUAUCUCAAGGCUGCCAGAAAGGGGCCUCCCACCUUCCCUGGAAGAACUGGAGGUCCUCUAUUGCAGCAAAGAACUAACCGAGCAAUGCAGAAUGCUAGCGACAAGCAAGCUAAAUGUAAAAAUUGAUGGGAAUUAUGUGAACUGA